AUGGACAAUGAUCAGCUCAUUCAACAAUGGGAACUCGAAGUCAAAGACAUGAGCGACAAAUUUACGUGUCAUCCCAGCCAACAGAGGUGGUCUACUGACGAGAGGUGGGAACGCCUAGAGAUGCUAGGUAGAGGAGGCUAUGGCGAGGUCUGGCUUCAAAAAUGCACCACAGGUCCACGAAUCGGAGAUCUUCGAGCCGUCAAAGAAAUUUCCAAGAACUUUGGGCAAACUUCAGAGUACGAAAACAUCAAGAUUCGUGAUCAGGAGCUCUCAGCCCUAAUCAAGUUCUCACACCAACGAUAUCGCGACCACUUCGUAUCCUCUUUUGGAUGGUUUCAGACGACAAGGUCUUUGUUUAUUACCAUGCAAUAUUUUCCUCAUGGCGAUCUACAGUCUCAUAUUGCCCAACCACUCUCUGAUGGAGAAGCAUCUGCUAUCACUCGGCAAAUCCUCCAAGGCCUCUCAUUUAUGCAUCAAAACAAAUUUGCGCAUCGCGACUUGAAACCUGCGAACAUCCUCGUUCAAGAAAAGGGCCCCAACUGGUGGGUUAAGCUGUCCGAUUUUGGUUGUAGCAAGGAAGCUACAACUCUCCGAACUACUGUUGGCACACCACCAUACUGGGCACCCGAACUAUGCAACAUCUUCACUCAUGCCGACGAAGAAUCCUGUGAUUGCAUAGCAGAUCGGACCUACUCGUUUGAAGUUGAUAUCUGGGCCGUUGGCGUCAUCGCCUUUCGUUCAACCACGGGAGCUCUACCAUUCGGAGACAGUCCAUACUCCAAGCUCUAUCGUUACGUUCGGCAAGGCGCCCCGUUUCCAACCAGUCUGUUAUUGACUGUCAUCUGGGUCAAGAACCAGUGGCCCAUCUGGAAACAGACAAGCCUCGGGGCGCUGGACAACGGCGACACCGCAGUCUCCUAG